CCUUGCGCGCGGCCUGACGCUCCGCUCCGCAAGAUGGCGGCGGACAGUGAGCCCGAGUCCGAGGUGUUUGAGAUCACGGACUUCACCACGGCCUCUGAGUGGGAAAGAUUUAUUUCCAAAGUUGAAGAAGUCUUGAAUGACUGGAAACUGAUUGGAAACUCUCUGGGACAACCACUUGAAAAGGGUAUAUUUACUUCUGGCACGUGGGAAGAGAGAUCAGAUGAGAUUUCCUUUGCCGACUUCAAGUUCUCAAUCACUCAUCACUAUCUUGUACAAGAGUCCACUGAUAAAGAAGGAAAAGAUGAAGAAUCAGAGGAUGCUAUUCCACAGUCAAUGCAAGAUUUGCUGUGUAUGAAUAAUGACUUUCCUCCAAGAGCACACUGUCUAGUGAGAUGGUAUGGCCUGCGUGAGUUUGUGGUGAUUGCUCCUGCUGCACAAAGUGAUGCUGUUCUCAGUGAAUCCAAAUGCAACCUCCUUCUUAGUUCCAUUUCCAUUGCUUUGGGAAACACUGGCUGCCAGGUACCAUUGUUUGUACAAAUACAUCACAGAUGGCGGAGGUUGUACAUGGGAGAAUGUCAAGGUCCUGGUGUUCGAACUGACUUUGAAAUGGUUCAUCUUCGAAAAGUGCCAAAUCAGUACACUCAUUUGUCAGGCCUGCUGGACAUCUUCAAAUCAAAGAUUGGCUGUCCUUUAACUCCAUUGCCUCCAGUUAGCAUUGCUAUUCGAUUGACAUACGUGCUUCAGGAUUGGCAGCAGUACUUUUGGCCUCAGCAGCCUCCAGAUAUAGAUGCCCUUGUGGGAGGAGAAGUUGGAGGCCUGGAGUUUGGCAAGUUGCCAUUUGGUGCCUGUGAAGAUCCUAUCAGUGAACUCCAUUUAGCAACAACAUGGCCUCAUCUGACAGAAGGGAUUAUUGUGGACAAUGAUGUUUAUUCUGAUUUGGAUCCUGUUCAAGCUCCCCAUUGGUCUGUUAGAGUUCGAAAAGCUGAUAAUCCCCAAUGUUUACUAGGUGAUUUUGUCACUGAAUUUUUAAAAAUUUGCCGUCGAAAGGAAUCAACUGAUGAGAUUCUUGGACGAUCCACAUUUGAGGAAGAAGGAAGAGAAGUUGCUGAUAUAACUCAUGCUCUGUCAAAGCUGACUGAACCAGCACCAGUUCCAAUCCAUAAAUUGUCAGUUUCAAAUAUGGUUUAUACAGCAAAGAAGAAAAUACGGAAGCACAGAGGAGAAGAGUCACCACUAAACAAUGAUGUUCUCAAUACCAUUCUCUUGACUCUCUACAAUCAGUUCAAAUCUGCACCCUCUGACAGUUUAACAUACAAACUGGCCUUGUGUCUUUGUAUGAUCAAUUUCUACCAUGGAGGGCUGAAGGGAGUGGCACAUCUCUGGCAGGAAUUUGUUCUUGAAAUGCGCUUCAGAUGGGAAAACAACUUUCUGAUUCCAGGACUAACAGGUGGACCACCAGAUCUAAGAUGCUGUUUACUACAUCAGAAAUUACAGAUGUUAAAUUGUUGUAUCGAAAGGAAGAAAGCACGUGAUGAGGGGAAAAAGACAAGCCCUUCAGAUAAUGUAACUAAUGCAUAUUCAGGGGAUGCUGGGAAAGCUGGAGGCCAGCUAGGCCUGGACCAUCUCAGAGAUACAGAGAAGGAAAAGGGAGAAGUGGGAAAAUCCUGGGAUUCUUGGAGCGAUAGUGAAGAAGAAUUUUUUGAAUGCCUCAGUGAUACUGAAGACCUUAAAGGAAAUGGCCAAGAGAGUGGCAAGAAAGGAGGCCCCAAGGAGAUGGCCAACUUAAAGCCGGAAGGACGCCUGCACCAACAUGGGAGACUCACACUGCUGCAUAAUGGAGAGCCUCUCUACAUCCCGGUGACCCAGGAACCAGCGCCCAUGACAGAAGACCUGCUGGAAGAGCAGUCUGAGGUCUUAGCUAAGUUAGGGACAUCUGCUGAGGGGGCGCACCUCCGUGCUCGCAUGCAGAGUGCCUGCCUGCUUUCCGAUAUGGAAUCUUUCAAGGCAGCUAACCCAGGUUGUUUUCUGGAAGACUUUGUGAGGUGGUACUCACCAAGGGACUACAUUGAAGAGGAGGUGACUGAUGAGAAAGGCAAUGUGGUUCUGAAGGGAGAGCUGAGUGCCCGCAUGAAGAUCCCCAGCAACAUGUGGGUGGAAGCUUGGGAAACUGCUAAGCCCAUUCCAGCGAGACGCCAGAGGAGACUGUUUGAUGACACCCGAGAGGCUGAAAAGGUGCUGCACUACCUGGCCAUGCAGAAGCCUGCAGACCUAGCUCGGCACCUCUUGCCUUGUGUGAUUCAUGCAGCUGUUCUCAAGGUAAAGGAAGAAGAAAGUCUGGAAAACAUUCCUUCAGUUAAGAAGAUUAUAAAGCAGAUCAUAGCCCAUUCCAGCAAAGUUCUGCACUUCCCCAAUCCCGAAGACAAGAAGUUGGAAGAAAUCAUCCUUCAGAUUACUAAUGUGGAAGCUAUAAUAGCCCGCGCCCGUUCUCUGAAGGCCAAAUUUGGAACUGAAAAAUGUGAGCAAGAGGAAGAGAAAGAAGAUCUUGAAAGAUUUGUUAGCUGCCUGCUGGAGCAGCCUGAAGUGUCAGUCACUGGGGCUGGAAGAGGACAUGCAGGCCGGAUCAUCCACAAGCUGUUUGUGAAUGCUCAGCGGCUGACUGAGUCUUCUGAGGAGGCUGCUGCAAUGGCUCUGCCAGAGGAGGAGCUGAAGAGGUCGGGCUACCCAGAGGAGAGAAGACAGAACUCGGUAUCUGACUUCCCACCUCCUGUAGGCCGGGAGCUUAUCCUGAGGGCCAGUGUGCCGCGGCCUGCGCCCUACUCCAAAGCCCUGCCACAGCGCAUGUACAGCGUACUCACCAAGGAGGACUUCAGACUUGCAGGUGCCUUUUCCUCAGACACCUCCUUCUUCUAGUGGGGAGGAGGAGAGGCAGCUCCUGCCAUGGACACCCGAGGAACACCAAGAGGACCUCGUCUAGCCAACAGCAGGAGUCACACCAGCAUCCGGAGCCAUCUCCAGCACCAGGCUUGAGCCAGAGGGACAGAUGUGAGGUGUCACAGACUUCUGCUUGGGGAGAUGGCCUCUGUGGAGGGACCACACAGCAGUGGGUCUCUCACCUUGCAGGACAGAGUUUGUUCACUGUCCUGAGACAGUCAUCUGUGGAAACACUUAGUGGUCGUCCUUAUUAGUAUCACGUAUGCAAAACAGAGUAUCUGUUAACUCAGGUUCUGGAGAGUGUGGAGGUAGCAUUUAGUCCCAGAAUCUGUGUUCGUGUGUCAUUCUGUUUAUUCGAUCACCUGAUGGUCAGCUUUAUUAUGCUAUUUGAUAAACAUCUGAAUAUUCUAGGAGAAAAACUAGAAUUGCAGUUUUGUUUUUCUAUGUCACUGUAACCAAAUGUAUUCCUACUGAUCAGUCUGUGCAUAACAUUUGGCUGCAAAUUGGUUCUGUGUGUGCAUCUGUCUGUCUUGUAGGGUCUCUUUGUCCUCUUUGUUGUACCCUGCUUUUGCGCUUUACUUCUCUGUGUUGCUGGCUGGGGAUGGUAAUUAAUAAAAUCAUAUGAGCACAUGCUAAUCACACAGCCUGGGAACAGAACAUCGUGCAGUUGGUGAGCCAUGAUGUAUGUGCUAGUGCUAGCAGGCAGAACUUGAUGACUGCUGGGCUCUUGUAGCGGAGAGUGACUGGGCUGUAGCGGUCGGUACAGGGGUGAUGGCACCAUCCAUUGUGUGGCUCAGGAUGCAUUAGGUCUGUCACUGCAGGACCUCUGGGGAUUGUAAAUUAUUCUGGGACCGAAAAUUCCCACUUGAAUCCAAAGUGAAAUAUCGUUAUGAUGAAGUGUAAAUUCUGCCUGUGCGAUUUUUAAAAAUUGACAGAACUGCACAAACCCUGUGUUACUAUUUUUAUAAAAAAAACAAAAACCAAAAAACAGAACAAAUCUAUAUACAUUUAUCUGUAGAGUGUGCACAGACACGUCUGUGUCUGCAUAGGGGCCAGGUGUUGACCCCAGGCUUCACAGUGCUUUUCCCUGAGCUGCUGGACUUUGCUUCUUAGAAACCCAUAGAUACUGGCUGAGGCCUGAGUGUCAGACCACGUAGAAGAUGGUUCCCACAGGACAGUGUCUGUCUGCUUUCCUGGGUGUGGACAGAACUCUACAGUGAGAAGCUUGGUCUAGAAUGGAAUAGUUUACCUAAUAAAGCGGUCUGGUGUCUA